CAUUAAAAUCAGAUCAAGUUCCAGAUCUAUACAAACUAGAGUUAAAUAUCUCAAAGGUUUCUACGUUUCCAAGAAAGCAAGAAGGAAAUGGAUAACUCACAGAAGGUAAGCUACCAAGCUGGAGAGGCCAAGGGCCAGACUCAGGAGAAGGCUAGCACCAUGAUGGACAAGGCAGGAAAUGCUGUACAGUCUGCCAAGGAGUCGUUGCCGAAUGCUGGCCCAACGAACUCACAGAAGGCAAGCUACCAGACUGGAGAGGCCAAGGGCCAAACUCAGGAGAAGGCCAACACCAUGAUGGGCAAGGCAGGAAAUGCUGCACAGUCUGCCAAGGAGACGAUGCUGAAUGCUGGCCAAACGAUUCAGCAAAAGGCUGCAGGAGCUGCUGAUGCUGUCAAGAAUGCUACCGGCAUGAACAAGUGAUUGAGCUAGCUGCUGCUGAUAUGGUGGCCGCUAUGGAUAUUUUUAAGCGUUUUUAGUCUUUGUUUAUAAAGAAGAGAAUCUCUAGUCCUCUUAGAUCAAGCUCUAGAGUUCUCAUCGUUUGGUGUGUGUUAUUUAACACACCUACGUUAAUUUGGUUCUUUGUUAAUGUUGUGUUGUUGUUCUCUUUUCUCCAAUUUGCGACAAGGAAGAGAUCGUUCUAUGUGAUCUGUUGUAGUUCUCACCUGAUGUAAUGAUAAGGUUUAUAACGAAAAAUUUCGAAAAUUGUUCCUAAA